AUGUAUGAGGCCUUCGCUGUUGUUGAGAAAGCUCUCGAAAAGGAACCGAAAGACGGUUGUUUCGGCGCUCAUAAAUGGUACGCGAUUCUUCUCGACUAUAUUGGAGAGAUUGAGGGGAAUAAGUCGCGCCUACAGAAGUCUUACAAGGUGAAGGAGCAUCUCGAGCGUGCACUCCAAAUAUGCUCCAGUGAUGCAACAACAUGGCAGCAUCUUUGCUGCAGUAAUAGUUCAGUUCUACCAGGAUUCUACAGCACCAACAUGUACUACAUUGGAGAGGUGUACGAGAAGAUGGGCAACAGAGAUGAAGCUAUGAAGUAUUACAAAGACGCGUUUAAGAUGCCAGUCGUACAUCCGACGAAUCAAAUCGAGCAUACACCAAAAGCACGGAAAAAGUUCUCUUUUGUUUAC